AUGGCGGCGGGGCUCAAGGUCCCCGAGAUGGCGCUCAGGGUCUGCGUCGUCCCGCUCGCCUUGGCCUCGCUCUGGGAGAUGGCCACCAACGCGCAGGCGGACGACACCUACGGGGAGGUCAAGUUCUCCGAUCUCUCCGGAUUCAGCUAUUUGGUUGGCGUCAACGCCGUCACAGCUGCCUACGCGGUAGCCUCCAUCUUGCUUUCGUCCUUCAAGCCCCUCGCUCGCUACGGCUGGGUGAUUCUCGUCAUGGAUCAGGCGUCGGCGUACCUGCUGGUGACGUCGGCCUCGGCGGCGGCGGAGCUGCUGCAGCUGGCGCGGCGCGGCGACCGGGAGGUGUCGUGGGGCGAGGUGUGCUCCUACUUCGGCCGCUUCUGCGGGAAGGCCACGGUGUCGCUGGCGCUGCACGCCGCCGCGCUGGCCUGCUUCGUCGCGCUCUCCCUCGUCUCCGCCUUCAGGGUGUUCAGCAGCACUCCGUGCCACCCGCCGCCUGACGCUGACGCUGACGGCCAACCCAAGCACGCACAGGCACAGGAGGAGCAAGGGAGGUACCACUGA